UUUACUUGUAGUUUCGUAAAGCACACUUAACUUUCUUAUUGCGAGCCAACUUCAUAACAACAAUCUUUACUUCUACACCAUAUCGAUGAAUACUGGGAAUGGUGGCAAAGAAGCGUUAAUAGUACUAGUUUUUUGCUAUCAUGUUUACAUCUACGACGCAUCGAACGCGUGUGCAUUCGCCUAAGCGUGACGUACAGUUAGUGCAAAGUUGAAGAACAGUAUUAAGACACCUGUUCCGUGAAGUAAAUGAAGCAUUCGGUUCUAAACCUCCGUAAGGCAGUAGAAAAUUAACUCAACGCUAACCCUCUCUGCAUUGGUGUCUGCAAGCCGAAGCUAUGCACGAUGUCUUCCCGUCGACCGCGAGUGAAGAUAGCUGCCAAUCUCAGCAUACGCAGGGCACCAAAGGCGCAGAGUGCCGGCGAGCAACAGAAAUUACCUGAGGUUGAUGAAGUUACGCCGUACGUAAAAGAUACGUCUCUUGCUUUGACCGAACCGAAUGAAGACUUUCCGGUUGAAAAUGUGCCUGUCGAAACAGCUCCCAAAGCGGACGAAGUGGUCCCCGCUCCGGAAAAGCAGGAUGAACAACACUUCAAGCUACCAAAACCGGUAGAUGAAUUGCCCAGGCACGUUGCCCCUAUAACCCAAGGAGUCGAUGCAGCCCAUAUUUCCAGUCAAAAUAUCCCCACUACCAAUAUCAUCAUCAACAACAACAAUGAGGAACCUAUGUCACCAAGAAAACAGGAGGCUCGUUUCGGAUAUCCCUUUUCACUGUCCCGCAAAAGAAACCGCACCGAAUCGCUUACCUCGAACAAAUCACUCCCAGAGGGUAUUACGGUGAACAAGGUUGCCCGCAAGAUUGCAACCAAGCAGGAAGAAUCCCAACGAACGCUGGAGAACAAAAAAGAAAUACGCAAACGGCUCAUUAACAUCGAUAAUGUGAAAAAACAGAACCUCACCAUGUUUGACAUGAUCUACUACAACCCGGUAAACAAUCCCAUGCAAACACCGGUGUUGGGUACGCGCAGUGGUUCAUCGGAGAAUGGUCAGAAAGUGCCGGAUGGCAGAAAGAGCCGCAGCGUGAGCAAAUCGAGAUCUCCAACCCCUUUGCCGGCACCGCCACCGGCAGCUGUGCCGAAAGUAGCAGUACAGUUAACGCCUCAAUUGAAGCUAGGCCCGAACGGAGAAAUGAUACUGGACGAGGCAAGUCUGGUGAUAGAGAACGAACGGGAAAAGGAAAUACGUGACGCGCUGGCCAGUAAGGAUAUCGUGUACCAGGACGAGUUCAGCGGUAACCAUGGCUAUUACAGUCGCAUCAAAAGGACAAAAGAUUGGACCGAUGAAGAGACGAUUCGUUUUUACCGGUGCUUGCAUACCAUUGGGACGGAUUUUUCAAUGAUGAUCACCCUUUUUCCCUGCCGCACGAGGCGCGAUUUAAAGCUCAAGUUUAAAAAAGAGGAACGUCUUAACUUGUCGCUGGUUAACAAAGCUCUGCAGCAUCCGAAAGAGUUCAAUCUAGAGGAGCUAAAGCAACAAUUUGCCCAAGAGGACGAAGAGCAGGAGCGAAUAAGGCUGCAGUUAGAAGAAGAGACGCAAGAAAAACUACGCCAGGAAAAAAUGAAUAAGAAGGUGGUGUUAGAAAUUUCCAAGGCCCGCAAUCCAAAGAAACGUGUCUCCAAAUCUCAGCGUGCAAUGAUAGAAAAGGAGCUGGAGCAGAGCGAGUCGGAAGACAUUAGCCAAACGACCUCUAUUCCCAAGCAAAGGCGGCGUAAAAAGAGGAAGGAUGAUAUAAAACAAGACGAGAGCGCUACCAGUUUGGAAGCCUCUGUAAAUGUAGCUGAACCGCUUGAAUCAGAUCACACUGGAGAAAUCAGUUCCAGAAAUCAGUUUGAUAAGCAGGAAACCGCGUCGGCUACCGCUACUCGUAAGCGACGGACGGUAAACACAAAGGUUACAAAAGCUAAGCCGGAAAAGAAAUCGGCGAAUGUUUCGGAAGACGAGGAGCCCAACUUGUGUACAUCGAAGCCCAAUGAACUCCUCACGGUGCCAGACCCAGUUCCCUACAUUCCGAAUGGUAUGGUAGGCGAUACGUUGCCGUCAAGUCAACCUACAAGCGCUAGCGAGUUAAAUGAAGCGAACACUAUCGAUAUUGCCAUACCGACGAACACAGCUACAGUCGAUCGGCCAUCGAGUAAAACGCACGAAAAUCAGCUUCCGUUGGUAGAAGUUCCUCCGGAUACGCCAAUGGAACCAGUGCUUCAAACAUCACCUGUGAUAUUGUUGGAAAGUCUCGACACUGUGAACUGUCCGGGCGAACAGACAAGUUUGACCCAAGAGCUCGCACCUGUAGUGAUGAAAUACGAUGAUGGAAUCGGAGCCGACCUUGAGUACCUGCCUCUACCCGGGGCAAACGCACCAGUGGCAAGGAAGGUCCGCUUGGACGCCGAUACGGCUUAUGCAUUCGAUGACAACAGAGAAUCUUUGAUAGAGCUAGAACCGGCAACGGUAAUUUCCACUGUUGGCAGGAAGGCAGUAGCAGGUACUAAAAAAUCUAAGCAAUCGAACGAACUUAAUACUGUGGCCAACACAGCAGAAGCAGAGAGCGUCGGAGUCCAACAACCCGAUGAGUCGGUGUGCGAAAUACGGCAAAAAAUAGAAAAUGAUACCGAUCCAGCGCCAUCACAACAGCCGCUCCUCAAGCAACCAAUUGAUGACGACGAAUAUGUUGCUGCAAGUGAUGAUGGCCAGGAAGAUGAAUGCUAUGUCGCAGAUGAACCCAUCCCAGAAGAUGAUGAUUACUAUUCCCCCAAAGUGGAAGAGAAAGUGGAUAUUUCCAAGGAUGGGUAUCUGUGCGAGACGGUUGCGGAAAUGACCAUUGGAAAGGAGGAGAUUAGCGCAGGUGAACCUCUUCGGGGAAUCCCGAUAGAGGAAGUUGCUGGCCACUCUGGUACGUCGAAAGCGGAGGAACAGUAUGAAGAAGUGGACCUGACAGAGCUGGAUGUUGAUGACGCUGUUGUUGCCGAAGGUGAUAAUUCCCUCCCUGGUGGAACUGCUGCUGAGGAGGAGGAGGAGGAGGAUGGUGCAGGUGCUGGCUUUUCGCUCGAAGACAUUGACAUCAACUCGCUGGUGCUGGUGGAAAGUCAGGACGCAAGCGAACCAAACAAGACUAUCUACGAAAUUUACGUUAUAAAUCCCGAAACCGGCCAGUUAAGUGAGAAACCGCUCGAUGUACCUCCAGACGUGAUAGGGAACAUCCGUGCAAUCCUGGAAGCAGACGAUGGAGGGAGCUAGCGCCUAUUGGAAGUUUAGAAAAGAAGCAAGGAUUGUUUACCGGUGCAAAUACACUCAUCCCAGCCAAGCACCAUUAUCGCAUAACGGUUAUUUAAGAAGGUUUUUUUUUAGUAAUUUUGCUGCAUUUUGUUUUUUAAUUAUAAGAUAAAAGAAUUUUGCGAUCAAUAAUAUAAUUAUCAUUUUUCGUAUGAAAAUGUA